UUUUUUUUUUUUUUUUAAACAGAUCAUUUAUUCGUUUGACCCGAAGGUGGUUCUUUACCCUUGAUAAUCAUCCCCACAUUCCUUUCGACAUGACUACGCAAGAGCAGGUUACGCAAGUCAACGAACUCUUUGACACCGUCCUUAUUUUGGAUUUUGGUUCCCAAUACUCUCACUUGAUUACUCGCCGUAUUCGUGAGCUCGGUGUGUACUGUGAGCUUUUGCCUUGCACGCAAAAGAUGGCCGACCUCCACUUUAAGCCCAAGGGUAUCAUCUUGUCCGGUUCUCCCUAUUCGGUCUAUGACAAGGAUGCUCCCCGUGUGGAUCCUGCUGUAUUUGAUGCCGGUGUUCCUAUUCUCGGUAUUUGCUAUGGUCUCCAGGAAAUGACCACUUACAUGGGUGGCAAAGUCGAAGCUUGCGAGCACCGUGAAUACGGUCAUGCCGUGCUUACCGUUUCCAAGCACCCCGAUCAUCCCUUCAUUGACAAGCUUUUCGAAGGUUUGAACGGUGAAGUUCAGGUCUGGAUGAGUCACGGUGAUCAAGUCUCUCAACCCGCUCCCGGUUUCACCAUAAUUGCCAAUACCCGUACUGCUCCUUAUGCUGCUGUUGCUCAUCCCGAGAAGCCUUACUUUGGUAUUCAGUUCCAUCCCGAAGUCACUCACACCGUGGACGGUCAGGCUAUCUUGAAGAACUUUGUUAUCAACAUCUGUAGCUGCGACCCUUCGUGGACUAUGGAGUCAUUCGUCGAUAAGGAAAUUGAACGUAUUCGCAAGAUCGUCGGUCCUACCGGUCGUGUGAUUGGUGCUGUUUCUGGUGGUGUCGAUUCGACCGUGGCUGCCAAGUUGAUGCACGAUGCUAUUGGUGACCGUUUCCACGGUAUCCUCGUCGAUAACGGUGUCAUGCGUUUGAACGAAUGUGAAAACGUCAAGAAGAUGCUUGUCGAUAAGAUGGGUAUCAAUCUCAAGAUUAGCGACGCUUCCGAACUUUUCCUCGGCCGCUUGAAGGGAGUCACGGAUCCCGAGAAGAAGCGCAAGAUUAUUGGCAACACCUUUAUCGAAGUUUUCGAAGCCGAGGCCGCUUUGAUCGACAAGGAAUGUGGUGGUGAAAUUGAAUAUCUCUUGCAGGGUACUUUGUAUCCUGAUGUGAUCGAAUCCAUCUCCUUCAAGGGCCCCAGUGCUACCAUCAAGACUCAUCACAACGUUGGUGGUUUGUUGGAAGACAUGAAGUUGAAGCUCAUUGAACCUCUCCGUGAACUUUUCAAGGACGAAGUUCGUGAACUUGGUCACAUUCUCGGUCUUGAUGAUGAUUUGGUGUGGCGUCAUCCUUUCCCUGGCCCCGGUAUUGCCAUCCGUGUGUUGGGCGAGGUGACCAAGGAACAAGUUCAAAUUGCUCGUUUGGCUGAUAACAUCUACAUUGAAGAAAUCAAGAAGAACGGUUACUACCGCCAAAUCUCGCAGGCUUACGCUGCUUUGCUUCCUGUCAAGGCCGUCGGUGUGAUGGGUGAUGCCCGUACUUACGAGCAAGUCAUUGCCCUGAGAGCCGUGGAGACCAAGGAUUUCAUGACAGCCGAUAUCUUUGCCAGUGCUGAAUGGUUCAUGUGCUUGAAGCGCAUCAGUUCCAGAAUCAUCAACGAAGUCAAGGGUGUCAACCGCGUUGUCUAUGAUAUCAGCUCCAAGCCUCCUGCUACCAUUGAAUGGGAGUAAAAAAAAAAACCUUGAAAAAGAAGAACGUCAUCAAUAGAGAACAAACCCACCAAAAAAAAGCCAUACUAGACCAUUUUGAUCAUCGAUUGUUCACAAGUUAUAUGUGUAAAUAAAUUUAAACAAGACAUGCAUUGCAUAAUUGAAGCCA